AUGUACAACACCGUUCUUGCUGUCGUCGGCGCCGCCGUCGCGGUGACAUAUCUCGCCCUCUCCUACCCCAAGACACCGCUCCGAGCUGCCCCCGGCCCCGCCGUCAUCAAGACCGGCAUCCGCAAGCCGUGGCUGUGGUUCCACGAACUCACCAAGGAGUACGGCGACGUCGUCUAUCUGCAAAUGGGCCCCACCCCCACCAUCAUCCUCGGUUCCGCCCAAGCCGCCUGGGAUCUGCUGGAGAAGAGGGGCGCCAUCUACUCCUCCCGCCCCCGCUUCGUCAUGGGCGGCGAGCUGCUGUCCAACGGUCUCCGCGGCCUCAUGGCCCCCUACGGCCCCUUUUGGCGUAGGUGGCGCAAGCUCUUGCACAGCGGCUUCAUGCAGCGCCGCAGCGAGACCUACAGGCCCAUCCAGAGCCUCGAGUCCAAGGCCCUCAUGCGCGACCUCCUCGAGGACCCGGCCGAUUACAGGCGUCACCUCGAGCGCUACGCCGCUUCCGUCAUCGUCACCGUUACCUACGGCCGUAGGGUCCUUGACGUGCGUAACGACGUCGUCGUGAAGGGCAAUGCCGAAUCCAUGGAGCGCCUCACCCAAGUCAACAUUCCCGGAAAGUACGCCGUCGAGCGUUAUCCCGCCCUCAGGCACGUACCCAGCUACCUCGCUCCCUGGAAGGCCGAAGUCCUCGCCCAGCGACAAAAGGACAUCCAGCUCUACACCACCCUCAUGAACGAGGUCAAGGCCAAGAGCCUUGGCAUGACCGACCUCGAGCUCGCUUAUACCGCCGGCUCUCCUUUCGGUGCCGGCGUGGAGACUUCUGCCGGAUCUUUGGCUAGCUUCCUCCUCGCCUGCGUCAAAUUCGGUCCCCAGUUCAUCCCCAAGGCCCAAGCCGAGCUUGACCGCGUCGUCGGCCCGGACCGCCUCCCUACUUUCGACGACCUCAACGACCUUGAAUACAUCCGCGCCAUCACUUCCGAGACCCUCCGCUGGCGACCCGUCGCCGUUCUCGGCGGCACCCUCACGCCAGCACCGCUGAUGACUAUUACCGUGGCAUGUUCAUCCCCAAGGGCAGCACCAUCAUUGCCCCUCUCUGUCCACCUGAACGAGGCCGACUAUCCCAACCCCCACGAGUUCAAGCCCGAGCGCUUCCUCGAGAAGCGCGAGUAUCCCGGUCCCUGGGGCCACAGCGCCUUUGGCUGGGGUCGCCGUGUCUGCCCUGGCAUGCACCUCGGAUCUUCCUCCGGCGAGGACAUCGACGUCGACAUGCUAACCCCGAGCGUGAACAGUUUCGCUUACACCGAUGGUUUUAACUCCCUCCCUCUCCCCUUUUCCUGCGACAUCACCCCUCGCUCUGAGCGCCAUGCUCAGGUCAUCAAGAAGGAGUACGAGGCCUCUCUUGACGAGCUCCAGAGCUACACCGUCGCGAACAACACCCUCUCUUGA